UGUAGUUUCGAGGCAGGCGGAGACUACAAUCCCAGGAAGCCUUGGAAAAGGCAGCCACUUCCUGGAGAAACCGAGAGCUGCGGAGCCAAGAAGGAGGCGAAGAGGAUCUUUGGGGUUUUGCAAAUUUGGGUGCUUUUUUCGUGGGGUUUGGUUGCCAAGAUUGGUCCAUUGCCUUUCUCUGAGGCUGAGAGAGUGUGACUCGCCCAAGAUGGGUUUCCAUGACUGAGCAGGGAUUCGAACCCAGGUCUCCGGAGGGAAAGCCCAACACUUAAACCACUGAUCCAAUAUAUUCCAGGUUGGUUAGAAUUGUACUAGCGCUUGUUAGCUGCUGUUCUUCUUGGCUUGGUGAAACCUUUCGGGAUAUUUUUCCUUGGCUAAAAUGGGCUGCCGUGAUGUCCAUGCCGCAACAGUCCUGGCCUUCCUUUCUGGAACAGCUGCCUUAUCGGGACUCAUCGCUGCCGCUCUGCUUCCAAACUGGAGACAAAUGCGACUUUAUACCUUCAACAAAAAUGAAAAGAAUGUGACAGUGUACACCGGGCUCUGGAUUAAGUGUGUCCGAGCCGAUGGGAGCAAAGACUGUGUCAUCUAUGACACCGAAUGGUACACCGCAAUCGAUCAGCUGGAUUUGCGUGUCCUCCAGCUUGCUCUCCCCAUAAGCAUGCUCACUACUGUCCUGGCUCUGUUUCUCUGUCUGAUUGGCAUGUGCAACACAGCCUUUGUUUCCACGGUGCCCAACAUCAAACAAGCCAGAUGCAUUAUAAACAGCGCAGGCUGCCAUCUUGUGGCUGGCCUCUUCUUUCUCCUGGCAUGUGUCAUUUGCUUGACGCCAUCUAUUUGGGUCAUCUUUCACAAUCAAGUAAUGAACAAGAAAUACGAACCUGUUUUCAGCUUUGAUAUCUCAGUGUACAUUGCUAUUGCCAGUGCGGGAGGUUUAUUGUUCACCGCCAUUCUCUUGUUCCUCUGGUAUUGUGCCUGUAAAGCCCUACCUUCCCCAUUCUGGCAGCCUCUAUAUUCGCAUGCGCCUAGUGUGCAUAGCUAUGCUUCCCAACCCUAUUCUGCACGAUCGCGCCACUCUGCCAUUGAAAUUGACAUCCCUGUUGUUACACACGCUACUUAAAGAUGGGAUUUGGGAAAGCCGAGUGCCCCUUUGCGUUCUCAAUGUAUCAAGGUGGGCAAUUUUCCAAUGCCUUGCCUUAGAGACUUUCCAAUCAGUGUGCCAUUGGAACUUGACAGUUUUUAACCACUUCUCCUAGUUGCCCUAGUUAGGAAUGUAUUUUGGUAAAGAUAUUAGACAUACUGUAGUAGUUUUGGUCUUGAUACUACCUGUCAGUUUUUAAGUCCUAUCAACACUAUUGGUGCUUAUAAGACAAUAGGUUACUUGAAGACUUGGACUUUUUUUUGUUUCAGUCUAGUUUCUUCCAUGACUUAUAUUACCAAGAUACACAUACAGUUAUAUUUUUAAUCUGACAUGGAAGAUUAUUUUUAAAUUUCUCUUGUAGGUCCAAUGUUUUGACCUAAGAUAAUACAUUUUUGAGCUUUGCCAGUCUAAAUUGUACCACUGUGUGAAGCAGUGAUUGAUGUGCCAGUUUAGUCCUGUGUCAACUCUCAUUUUCCCUUGAGAUUGUGAAAAUCACAAAAAUAAGGUUACAAGAAGCAUAAUAAUAAUUAGAUUGAAAUACAUAUAGUAGUAGUAUAUCAGUAUUGUUUAAAAAGGCUUUUGUUCUAUAGAAAACAAUUAUUUAAAGUUCUAUUUUCCUAUCUCUAAGCAAUGGAAGUGCCCCUAAACCCAUUUACAAUUAAAGUAUAUAUGCAUAUCACUAAUAAACCAAAUAGCUUUAGAAUUAUUUAAAGUGCCCUGGUAAUAAAAUCUAUUUUAGUAGAGAUGUCAUUUCUAGAUUUCUAGUUUUGUUAAGUUCCACAGGAACUUAACUUUGCUUUUUGGACAACCAGGAUUUCUUUUGUUUUAUCUUUAAAAUACACCAUUCUUUUAGAUAUCAAUUAAAGAAAUUCCAUCCAAUUCCUAGUCACAAUCCUAAUUUGUUUAUAAAUGCCUUCCAAAUUUUAGACGGUGUAUUGAUUCAUUAUUACUUUUUCUUACUACAAAUGGGCUCUCCAAUAACAUUGUCAGAAAGAAUUAAAACUGUAGGGACUUUGGAGAGUUCUUCUAUAAAUAUUGAAGAUGAGAUCAUUAUCAAAGGCAUUUUUAAAGACUUCUGAUACUUUAGUUUGCAUACAGAUUCAUUUCUUACAUCUCAUCCCUUUUUCUUAUGCAUUAAUACAUGUGUUCUUUUCUUGAUAUAAUUUUUCCAUUUGUGGUACUUGUGUGCCUUCAAGUCGCUUGCCGACUUAUCCCUUCUGAAUAAUGAAAAAUGAUUAAUUGGUGUGAGCUUCAAGGCUUCUUUGAGUAAUGAGCAAACCGGAGCAUACGAUCUCAUCUCUGUUUCAAGAAAAUCAGUUUUACAACUAAUUAAACUUUUUACUGACACUUAUUAGCUGAAGCAAGAUGUGACCUGGAUUUGUUGACAUCAUAUAUUCCUGAAUCAUGAAAUGUAAAAUUUUAUCAGAUCAAAACAAAACACUCAAAAAAGCACUUGAGUUAUAGAUAUUUUUUAUAUUUUUCUACUUUGGUGCUCAGACAACUCUUUUUACCCAUUCUCAAAUAGCAAGAAUAGGGACCAAAGUUGACAAUCUCAUUUAAAAUAUGUUUUCUUGGUUUCUUUGAAGAGUACUGAUGCAUGUCUCAUAUUUUAAAUUCCACAUUGCUUAUCUGAGCUACUAAGUAUAUUGUUUCAAUGUGUGAUUUUGUGGAAACAUUGGGCAGUCCUCAUUUAAUAGUAAACUAGUUUGUAGUUUCUUGACUUCUGACAUAUUAUUGUAGCUCAGUAUAUUCCAACCAACAAACAAUUUUUGGUGGUCAGACACAAAUCACAAUGACAAACUAUGGUUGGGUUUUUUCUUGUUAUUAUUGGCUUCCAAACUCUGCCUUAUUUAAAUUGUGGUUUGUUGUUACUUUUGAAUCUAUAGUCAUGCUUUGUUUCUUCAGCUACUCACCCUGAAAUAGGAACUGACAGAGGAAGCAGGAAAGAAACAAAUUAAACAUGGGGAAAACAAACUAGUUUGGCCAUCUGUGGAUUUGUUUUAAACUAAAUCUAUACAUUUUGGCUACUAUAAACCACAGCUUUUUCUAAUGUGAGGUUAGACCUUUGUGAUUCAUGGGACCAUGAAUAUUUUGUUCUAUUUAUUUGUUUACAGGUAAAAUGGAAACAUUUGAAAUAAUUAUAUUUUUGCUAUGUUCACCUAAUAAUAUGCAGAGCAAUUAGUUCAACUCAAAUAAAUCAGUUAAUUUGCAGAUGUGUAGGCAUAAUUAUAAACUAUGAGAAUAGACCUUAAUUUGUAUAUGCAGUUGUCAAGAAAAUGGUAAAAUUAUACUAAAAGAUGAAAUUAUUGCACUCUUUUUCCCUCUCAUGGAUUAAAUAGCCACUCCUUUAAUUAAAGUGAGUGUGUUUUGAAUUAACAUUUGGUAUCCUUAUAAGCAUGCCAUGUAACCAUGAUUGUUUCUGAUAUAUCCUUUUUUUGGUUAAAAUUGAAAAUUAUUGCUGACAAACGCACACAGACUACAUCUACCUUAUUUUAUAAAUUGAGAGAAAUUAGAGAUGGCCUCUUUCAUUGUGAAACAUAAUCUGCAUUGAUGGUUGAAUUGUCGUCAGAGCAAUGAUUAUAGUUAUGCACACAUGUAAAUAUAUACUCCGUGGGGUAGUUUCCAACCACUAAUUGCCCAAAUUAACAUCCCAUCUCACAAUUUGUUUGGUUGUUUCAAGGAUCUUAAAGCAAUGCAGCUAAGUUUUUCUUAGAUGUGAAGUCCCAUGGUAUAUCGCUGUGGGAGUUUUCUAUAUUGUAACCAACCUACUUAAAUAUAUUAAUAUGAAUGAUGAGAAAUCCUUCACAGAAGGGACACCCUUCAGUUGGUUGGGAUAUAAUUCUGUGCCAUUUUCUACUAAAACCAUCUAUUCCAAACAAGUCGAGAUAUUUAUAUUUUCAAAAUGGUAGCUUCCUAAGUGGGGUGACAUUUUAAUUUUGACUUAUAUGCUAGAGACCAAAUGUAUAAUUGGCUGCCAACUUGUUCUUAAAUAAAGAAUUUAUAUAAAGUAUAUAAUUUUUCAAAAUGCCAGUCCUGCUUGUAUAUGCAAAAGCUUCUGGUUUAACUUUAAAGUUGUCAAUUUUGAAAUUUAUCUUUAUGCAUUUUUUCUUGCACGCAGAACUGUCAGUGUGAAUUUCAACAAUGGUUUUGGAAAACAAUUUCUUCGUUGUUUGUUUUCUAGUUGCAUGAAAAAGUGCUGCUUUCUUCAGGUUUUGACUGCACAACUGGGAAAAUUCUGGUUUUCGCUUCAGUAAUGUUUAGUUAUGUAUGCAUUUUUAUGUAAAAAGAAUGUAUUUUUCAAUAAAAAAAAGACUGGUCUUUA